AUGACGCCCGACGCGUCGCAGGACGCCGCCGUUCUGGAACUCGAGUGUCAUCUGCACGUUUUCAAAGCCAUCCAAGCAACGUUCUCCGUGGCCACAAAAGAAGACAAGUACCGACGCAAGCGCGAGUUGUACCGUUUCCAGCAGCGCUUGCCUGCGUACGCCAAGCGCGACGAGAUCGAGCGCGCUGUGACCCAGAGUCGGUUUGUGGUCGUGCAAGGCCAAACGGGCUCGGGCAAAAGCACGCAAAUUCCUCAGUACCUCGCAGAGCUAUUCCCGCGAACGAAGAUUCUCGUGACGCAGCCACGGAAGCUCGCGGCCAUGGCGCUCGCAGAGCGCGUCGCCCUCGAAUUUGCAGGCGGCUACGACAAGGCGGCAACUGUGGGUGUCGAUGUCGGAUACCGUGUCGGCGGCCGGCGCCAGUGCCGUGCGCGAGGGCGCAUCGAGUACAUCACGGAAGGCGUCCUUCUCGACAUGAUCAUGCGCCAAGACAACAAGUUGUUCGAAGGCAUUGGUGCGAUUGUGGUGGACGAAGCGCACGAGCGCAGUAUCAUGUGCGACUUGCUGCUCGGGUCGCUAAAGUCGGACGACGCGCGCUGGCGACACAUUCCACUUGUCGUCACGUCCGCCACCAUUGACAUCGCCCUCUUUUCGACGUACUUUGGUGGCGCACCCAUCGUGGACAUCCCCGGGCGCCUGUUUCCAGUCGACGUAUCGUACAUGGUGACGCCAGACGGCACAAAAGACAUGGCCACCUACAUGGCACAGGUGGCGCUGGAGCUGCACCGCGACAGCUUACCGGGCGACAUCCUGUGCUUUUUACCUGGCCAAGACGACGUGUUGCGGGCCCAGGACGUGCUUGAGAAGUGCCACGAACCGGGCCUUGUUGCGCGUACGCUCUACGGAAAGCAGGAGCCCGAGGAUCAAAAGCUGGCCUUUGCGCCCACCGAGCAGCGCAAGGUGCUCUUCGCAACCGAUGUGGCCGAGACGUCGAUUACGAUCCCUGGAGUCGUCUACGUCGUCGACAGUGGGCUCAAGAAAGGCGUGAGCUACGACCACGUGCGGAAAAUCGCGUCGCUCAAAGUGCAGAGCAUUGCGCGGAGCUCGGCCAUCCAGCGAGCCGGCCGCGCCGGCCGCACGCAACCCGGUGUGUGUGUGCGGCUCUACAGCGAGCACGAUUUCGAGCUCAUGGAGACGAGUACGUUGCCCGAGAUAUUUCGACAGCCGCUGGUGCUUGCUGUGCUCACACUGCGCCGGCUCCGCAUCGAUCCAACGAUCUUCGAGUGGCUCUCGGCCCCGCCCGCCGACGCCAUGGCAGCCGCGGAGCGCGAGCUGACGCUCCUUGGCGCACUCGAGAACGGCCACAUCACGGCCCUCGGCACAAUCAUCACGACGCUGCAGCAGCCGCCCGAGCUCGUGCGGAUGCUAGUCAAGAGCUGUGCGCACGGCCAUGGCGAGGCAGCGCUGCAGAUCGCGGCGGUCCAAUCGGUCGCGCACAUGUUUGUGUGGCGCGACAAGACGAAGAAGCCGUCGACACAUCCGAUGCUUGUCUCCGACGACGGUGAUAUCGUACCGAUGGUGCGGGCUCUGAAAGAAUACCGCAGUGUGCUCACGGGUGCAACGCGUGUCGAAGUGAUGGCCGUGAGUGCGCCAAAUGACGUCGAGCCUACGGACGACCCACCUGCGAUUGCGCUAACGGCCGGGCUCCUACGUCGACUGAACGUUCAGCAGCGUGCAGUCAUCAACGACGACGACGAUGAGAACACGGACGAGACGCGCUCCGAGGGCACGUCAGGAGACAGCAUCGAGUCGGUACCCACACCGCCCAAGAGCAGUGGCAAAAUCACGUUCCGUACGAAAAAAAAGGCUGCGCAGUGGUGUCAGCAGAACGGGCUCAACAACAAGGCACUCGGUCUCGCUGUCGCGCUUCAAGACGAGCUGCGGGGCCAAGUCGCCGACUUGGCGUUUUGGAAAGAGCGACCACAAACGGGCGAGGUGUCGGACAGCGCCCUGCGGCGCAUCGUCUUUUACGGGUUCUUUUUGCACGUGGCGUGUCUCAAGCGCGACCGCAGCCACAUGCUGCAGUACUGCGCCGUCGAAGCCGACGUCGUGGGCACGAUUCCGAUGGAGGCGGCCAUCCAGAACGGGGUCCCACCGGACUGGAUCGUCUACGACAAGAUCUUUCGCCCCGCCGGCCGCGCCCUUCUCGUGGCGUGCACGCCUGUCGAAGAAGGGUGGCUCGCCUCUGAGAGUCCGGAAUUUGCUCGCAACGUGAGCGCAAAGCUGCAGCAGCUUCCGAUUUCCACUGUCGUGCUGACCGUGCCCAGCCCUGCGCUCAAGAAACUUGUGGGAAAGCAGCUGUGCAACCUCGAAGCCAUCGAAGUCCAACUCGGGUGUACGCUGCACGUCGUGCCGGACAAGGGCCAGCUCGUGGCAUUCUGCACCCCAGCCAUUGCGCGCGGUCUGCAGUCGCGCGUCGAUGCCCUUGUCGCACCGUACCAGGAAGAAACGCUCGCGCUCACGACGGAGCAGACGUACCUCGGCGGCACACGGGCUGUGAUCGGCGCUGGAUUUGUUGUCGACGAGCUGCUCUUUGACGACGAGUACGUCACCGUGUAUGUGCGCCAGCUCCCGGCCACGAUGCCUCGACGCGACAUCCGUGCGUUCGUUGCCAAAGCCGCCAACAGUUCGCAGCCAAUCCUGCGCGCACUAGAGCAGCAAGACGUCAACGGCGGCGACCAAUCCGUUGCGCUUACAUUUUACGACAAGGCUGUCGCCAAGCAAGUGCUCACGCGGCUGCAAGGCGAAGUCAUCGCCGGGCGCAACGUGCAAGUGAGCGCCGGCAAGGCGAUGGCCAAGCCCGGCCUGCAGCAGUCGACGUCGAGUCGUAUCAAAGUGUCCUGGGCCACCGCUGCCUCCAAAGGCGUCGCCAAGGUUUGGUUCAAAUCGGCGCCCGACGCCAACCGGUUUCUUCAAGCGUACAAAACGAUCUUGCCCGAGGCAGCACGCGCUGCGGCCAAAGGUGCAUCUGAGAUGCCUGCGAAGACACCCCUUGGGCUCAAGCCACUGCCACCCGUGACGCGCAUGGCCCCGAUGGUGUACCACUUCAACCUCGGCACCGACUUUACAUCGUUUCUUGUCGCCGUACAUGGUCUCCCACCCUCCUUGGACGAGGGCACGCUCACGGAGCGCCUGACGGCAAUGCCCCACGAGCGCUUCCGCAUCGAUCGCGAACUGAACGGCUCUGCGGACCAGAGUUCGUCGAUGGAGAGCGUCCUCGCCGUGCGGGCGCGACGGCUCGGCUCCGUAUUGGCGCACAUGCCUUAUACGUUUGUGGCCACGGAUUUCCUCGACGCUGGCCGCGCCGGCGUGUACAUCGUCAACGACGACACAUCGGCGCUCGAGGCUCUCUACAUGUCAGCGCUACAGUCGUGGGCACCCGCGGAGAUGCCGUGUGGGCAGCCGAUCCGGCUAGCGCUUGAGCACACGUACGUGGCGCGGACGCACGUCGAAGUGUGCAAGAAGCGCGCCAAUCUGCUGGCGCCGGUGUUCGCCGACGCUCGCCGACGGGGCGUCAUUGUCUUUGAGGUGCCGACAAGAACGAACUUCGAAGCGAUCCGGUUCACCUCGACGUCGCGCCUCAUCCUCGGGCGCAUUCAAGCCGAGCUUGGCGAGAUCACGCGCUGCACGCAGUUCAAGCACACCGACAUCAAGCGUCUCUUCUCGGGUGCCGGCCGCAAGUUUCUGGGCACGCUCUCGAAUGACAUUUAUGUGCACUGGAACGCACGCACGGGCCAAAUUUUUGUCUACGGCAACGACGACGAGUUCCAAAGAGCCAAACGCGACAUGGUCGGUUUUAUCAAGCAGUUUGCCGCGCUGGACGUCACCGACCGCGUCCUCGUGCUCGACAAGCGCAAGAUCAAGUCGCUCAAAGUCGCAUCCGUAUGUGCGCGCGCUUUUGAUCUUGGCGCCAAGUUGUAUCUCUCGGGAUCACACGACGCCAUCGAGGCCAUCACAGCGUCCCUCCAAGGCUACUUGUUUGCAAACCGGGACGGACCCCGCUCGGUCGCGACGAGUACACUCGAGUGCCCGCUUUGCCUAUGCGAAGUCGAUGCUACGACGACGCAGCUGACGUUGUGCGGUCACACCUUCUGCACCAACUGCAUUCUGCCCAUGUUUGGAAGUCAAGACACCAAGCUUCCACUGAGAUGCCCUCGGGAUGGGUGCAACGCUGCAUUGAGUGUCGAAGACAGCUUGAAGCUGGUGCCGCCGUCGCAACUCGAGGGCUUGGCCGAGAAGGCCGUGGAGCUCUACCGAGUGCAACACCAAGAUGCCUUUUCGCUGUGUCCGCAGCCGGGUUGCAACCAAGUGUUCCGUACCGCAGAGUACAAGAAAGGAAUGCACGGGGGCGACCGCGCAGUGUGCGACAACUGCCAAAAGACGUACUGCAUCACGUGCUCGGACAAGUUGGCGAUGCCCGUCGACGAGCACCCGACGGUCACGUGCCAGCUCUCUCAGCUCAGCGCGAACCGGACUGUGCAAGGCCACGUCCGUCGCAUCUGCGACGAGAUCCUCACGCUCGCAUGCCCGAAAUGCAAGUCGGCGUUCCUCGACUUCACGGGUUGCACGUGUGUCACUUGCGGCAACACCAACUGCAACACGAAUUUCUGUGCCAACUGCCUCGUGUACCACAACAGGGACAACUCGGCAUGCCACAGUCAUGUGCUCGACUGCCCAUCAAACCCCAACCGAGGUCGAAGCCAUUUUGUAUCGACCGAGCUGCUGCAGAAAACACACGCUGAUGCGCGCAAGAAACAAACCACCGCGUACCUUGCGAACGUUGCGGUCGCUGGCGACGAACGACGCGGUGUGUGGCAGAUGAUCCAGCCCGAUUUGGUGGACCUCGGAAUUCACUUUACUGAGCAAGAACUCGCUCAGCUUUCCAUUGCGUAACUUGACAUUCAUAAUAACAAGAUAGCAUCGGGCAAACGAUGACUCAGUUGACC